CCCAAUUUUGUGCUUCUUACCCUGUUGAUCUUUCCAUCGCCCGGAACGUCAAGACUAUCAGAGACGCCGACUUUGUUGUCAUCGAUAUCAACGGGAACAUCAUAUUCAAGGUGAAGGGAUCUGCUUACAGUAAUCGGGUCUUGCUCGAUGCCGUCGGAAAUCCUAUUGUUACACUAAAACAAAAGUUAAUGAGCGCACAUGAUAGAUGGCAAGUUUUCAGAGGAGAAAGCACAGAUUCGAGUGAUUUGAUAUUUAGAGUGAAACGAUCUUCAAUGUUUCAAUGGAAGACGAAACUAGAUGUCUUUCUUGCAAAUAACACAGACGAGAAGGUUUGUGAUUUCAAGGUCCAAGGAAGUUGCUCGGAGAGAUCCUGCGUGGUUUACGCCGGAGAGUCAUCCUCCAUUGUUGCACAGAUGCACAAGAACAAGAAGACUACUGUUCAAAGCGUAUUGAUCGGAAAGGACAACUUCAUGGUGACUGUGUAUCCAAACGUUGAUUAUGGAUUCAUUGUAACUCUUAUUAUCAUUCUAACUGCAAUCAAUGAGGCCGCCCAGCAAGCCGCUGACAUAGGCGCGGCUGUGGGCGGGGCUGCGGGUGCUGCUGUAGCCUCUGCUUUUUGAAAUUUUCUUCUAAUUAAUUCUAGUUACGUUUUGGCUAGAGUGAUGGAAAUUUAAAUUUGUUGAUAUUAAGAAACAAAUAAAGGAUUUAAAAUGUGUGACCGUGAAGCACUUCAGAUGGCAUGGAGGAUUAUUUGAUGUAUACUUGAGCAACAUUCUGAUAAAAUAAACGAUUUCUA